CUUUAAUUCUUAUCUCACCGCGACUGACAGAUAAUAUUUAGAUUUCUUGUUUAUUCCUUAUUUACUCGUAGCCGCGAGAAGAAAUACAGUUUUGGUUGAAAAUCCUUAUAGUGUUUUUUCACCAUGAUAGCAAGCACGGAUGAACUUUUGACUGAUGGGAAUCGAAGAUUUCUGGGGUUCCGUCACCUGCAAGUUCUGCUGCUAUUCCUCAUGCUGACAUUCUGUUUCGCAUUCAGAGUCACCAUCAGUAUGGCUAUAGUGGCCAUGACCGACGAUGCCGACGAGAACUCCUUCGACUGGAGCAUCAAAGAGCAGAGCCUGGUGCUGUCUGCCUUCACGUGGGGGUACGUGGUGACGCAGACGCCCGGCGGCGAGCUGGUGGCCAGGCUUGGGAGGAAGGUUCUCCUCUGCAACGCCUUGAUCACCAACUCGCUGAUAUCGUUCAUAUCGCCUAUCGGGGCUUAUUAUGGGGGCUGGCGACUGUUGUUCGCCUUUCGAGUGGUGCAGGGCCUGGGCCAGGGCAUCCUCAUGCCAUCCAUGCACAACCUCAUCGGCAAGUGGGCGCCUUUGGAUGAGAAGAGUCGGAUAGGAGCUUUGAUUAUUUGUGGAUGCCAAGCUGGAGUAGCCCUACAAAUGAUUCUGUCAGGGUACCUAGUAAACUAUUUUGGUUGGCCAUCCAUAUUCUACACCAACGGCAUCAUGGGGACGGCCUUGCUGAUCGUCUACAUCACCUUUGGAUCUGAUUCCCCUCAGUCUUCAAGAUGGAUCAGCGAAAGGGAAAGAUUAUAUAUCCAGUCAUCGCUGGGACAGAUUGGAGGGCAUAAAAAGCUAAAGACUCCAUGGAAGAGGAUGUGGACCUCCGUCCCUUUCAUCGCGCUGAUCGUGGCCAACUGCGCACAGAGCUGGGGCCUGUGGACCUUUAUGACGCUGAUACCCUCGUAUCUGAGCAGCGUGCAGGGAGUCAGCAUUAAGGCUAAUGGUGUCAUGUCUGCCAUUCCUUACAUCGCCAUAGUCCUCUUGAGUUUGCCGUUCGGGUACUUUGCGGACUUAUCCAUUAAGAAGAAAUGGUGCAGCCUCACUGUUACAAGGAAGAUCUGCAACACUUUUGGCUUCUUUGGCCCUGCGCUGGCGCUGAUUGGCCUGUCGUACGCGCCGGCCGGUGACGUCACAUCCGCUGUGGCUCUGCUCACCUUGGUGGUGGCUCUCAAUGCGGGACACUUCACCGGGUUCAUGCUGGGCCACAUCGACAUGGCGCCGAACUUCGCGGGCACCAUGAGUGGCAUCACCAAUGGCAUAUCCAACGUGUUCUCCAUCUUCGCACCCAUUGCUGCGGGGUGGAUCUUGAAGGAUGAGACUGAUGCUAACGAAUGGCGCAAGGUGUUUUACUUAUCUUCAGGAAUCUAUAUCGGCUGCAAUAUUUUCUACGUCAUCUUUGGAAGCAGCGAGCGACAAGACUGGAAUGAGCCUGAAACUAGUGAUGCCGAUAGUAUUAAGAAAGAAGAAGCAACAGUAUCUUCAUCUGGGUUACGGCAGAAGCUGACGUGUUUACAAAAAGUAAAAUUAUUAAAAAAUUUGACAAUUUCAAUGACAGCCAACAGUGAAGAUGAUUGUUCAGAACAAAAGUUUAGAGGAAGUCUUGGCUUUCGGCACGUGCAGGUGUUGCUCUUAUUCUUCGCCAUGACUUUUGGGUUCGCAUUCAGGAGCAACAUAAGUAUGGCAGUCGUGGCCAUGACUGAUGUCAGCAAUGAAAUUCACUUUGACUGGAGCAUCCAAGCGCAAAGUGUGAUCCUGUCAUCGUUCACAUGGGGCUACGUAGUCUCGCAGUUCCCGGGGGGAGAGCUGGUCUCCCGAUUUGGAGGGAAACUACUUCUCUGCUUAGGUCUAGCAGUAAACUCAGCUGUAUCCUUGGUGACGCCCAUCAGUGCACAAAUAGGUGGUUGGAAAAUGGUAUGUUUAUGCCGGGUCAUCCAAGGAUUCUCGCAAGGAAUCUUAAUGCCUGCUAUGCAUCAUCUCAUUGGAAAAUGGUCUCCUUUGGAAGAGAAAAGCCGUGUAGGAACUUUUAUUUAUUCAGGGGCAUAUUUUGGUAUAGCUCUACAAAUGGUUAUAUCGGGAUACCUGGUUAGUUUCUUCGGCUGGCCUGCGAUCUUUUACACCAACGCCAUCAUGGGAGUAGUUUUGUUGAUUAUGUACAUGAUCUUUGGGGCUAACUCCCCACAAACCUCAAGAUGGAUCAGUGAGAAGGAGAAGCUUUAUAUACAGACAUCUUUGGGACAAAUUGGGGGACAUAAGAGGCUGCCAACUCCAUGGAAAAAAAUGUGGACGUCCAUGCCUUUCAUAUCCCUGAUCAUAGCUAACUGCGCUCAGAACUGGGGGUUGUGGACUCUGAUGACGCUCAUGCCAUCGUAUUUGAGCCAAGUCCAAGGAGUCAGCAUCAGAUCGAAUGGCCUAAUGUCAGCUAUACCAUACUUCGCUAUAUUCAUAGUGGGUUUUGUAUUUGGAUACAUCGCUGAUGUCGUUGUAAGAAACAAAUGGUGCAGCAUCACCACCACUAGAAAGAUCUUUAAUACAGUAGGCUUCUUCGGUCCCGGUUUUGCGUUGAUCGGCCUGUCUUACUCCCCGGCUGACGUCACCAUCGCAGUCAUUCUACUGACCCUCGUGAUGAGUUUAAACGCCGGCCACUUUACCGGCUUCUUGUUGGGCCACAUCGACAUGGCGCCCAAUUUCGCCGGCACCAUGAAUGGCAUAACCAAUGGUUUCGCCAACGUUCUGUCGAUAUUCGCCCCUCUUGCGGCGGGAGUGAUAUUGAAAGACGAGACGGACGCGAACGAUUGGCGAAAGGUAUUCUACCUAUCGUCAGCGAUAUACAUCGGCUGCAAUAUCUUCUAUCUCGUUUUCGGCAGUAGCGAGAGACAAGGCUGGAACGAGCCAGAUAGAUCUGAAGGUGCUGAUGUGGAGAAAAAAGAAGACACAGAAAAGACUUCAUAAGACUAAUUAGAAAUACAUUGAUUUUCUAUAAGAACUUUGUUUAACUUGUAAAAAAAUGUUUUUUUUUAUUAUUAUACCUACAACACAGAAGUGACGUUGCUACUAAUUAAUAUUCCCCAAAUAUCGUAAAGAAAAUUAUAGCAUGGAUAGUAACGGGUCCUGGAUUUGAAUUUUGGUGGGGUGAGCGCGGUAGGCGAUGCCAUUACUACCGAAGCAUUUUCAUAAACUGAAAAAUAUGUAGGUAAUUUACUCGUAGAAGCAAAAUAUUUCAUCUGUUAUAAGA